GGGGAAUUCUGGGUAAUGUCGUCUGGUGUAUGAGUCAAUCUUGGAGACUUCCGCGAUACACCGCAUACUGACGCGAACGGUUUUAUUGUGCAGCUUUAUGAGACGUUUCUAAAGCUGAAACGCUUUUUAGUAAAUGGUGACGUCACACAUCUUGCCUUUCUCCCGGAAGUUCUUAUUGGCUGAGCGCCGAAACAAAGGAAUAACGGUGAACGAGACGAGGCUGAAGUUUGGAGGAUAAAAAGUUUCAUGUCGCUGUGCUAACCUUCAACUAGGGUUUCUUUUGGGAAUAAAGAGUGAUUUUUUUUUUCUUUAUAAACGCACCAUGUCUGAGAAUCUGGAGAAGAAUGAGGCGUCGAACGGAGACUGCGCAUGCGCACGGGGCAAGGACACUCCAGAUGCCAGAGGAGACGUGGCUGGAGGAGGAGCGCCUAUGCAGGUGGACGCCAAAAGCCACACAUACACCUCCAGAUACAGUCUGAGCUACCCGUCUAUCGGCCACUGCAUCAUCAUCAACAACAAGAACUUCCACAAGAGCACCGGCAUGAACCAGCGCAAUGGUACAGAUGUCGACGCCGGGAAUGCCAUGAAGACUUUCGGGAAGCUGGGCUACAAAGUGAAGGUGUUCAAUGACCAGACUGUAGAUCAGAUCAUGAAACUUUUAACUGCAGUUGCCAGGGAUGACCACAGCCGCUGUGCCUCCUUUGUGUGUGUGUUGCUGAGUCACGGAGACGAGGGUGUGUUCUUUGGGACAGACCGUGCAGUGGAGCUGAAGGCCUUGACGAGUCUGUUCAGAGGAGACCGCUGCAUAUCACUAGUGGGCAAACCCAAACUCUUCUUCAUCCAGGCCUGCCGAGGCACAGAUUUGGACCCUGGUAUGGAGGUUGACAGUGGCUCAAGCAAUUCAAUGAAAAUCCCAGUAGAGGCUGAUUUCCUUUAUGCAUAUUCUACAGCACCAGGUUACUAUUCAUGGAGGAACACGAUGACUGGCUCGUGGUUCAUGCAGUCCCUGUGCGAGAUUCUGAGUAAACACGGCUGGGAGCUGGAGCUCAUGCAGAUCCUGACCCGCGUCAACUACAAGGUGGCGCUGGACUUCGAGUCCGCAUCCAACAUGCAUGACUUCCACGCCAAGAAGCAGAUUCCCUGUAUUGUGUCCAUGCUCACCAAAGAGAUGUACUUCACUCCCUGAAAGCAAACGCACACUUAUGUAAUGGGGAUGAGGCCACAAUAAGGCACGUUUAUUUUUAUUUUUUUUUAAUAGAAUGGGGAUAUCGGGGUAGGGAUUAGCAAGAUUAUUCUGGUAAAUCACAUCCUGUUGUGCUUUACUUGGAAUAUUACAGAUGUAGGAAACAUAAAAUGCAUUGCAUUUGGCUGUUUAAUUCGCUUCUUGGUUUUAUUUUAAAAUAAGGCCGUUCGUCAGUCAACCUUAGUGGGUGGGAUCAGCUCGUCAUUUGGUUUAUGGAACAGUAAAACAAAAGCAAUCUUCAUCUUCAGGACAAAUCUUAUUUUGAAAUUAACCAAAAAGGAAAUAAAACUGCCAUAAUACCUAUUUGAAAAACAAUGCAUAUUUAGUAACGAAAACGGUAACUUUCUUGGGAAAAGGUGAUUCCUUGGAUUUUUUUUUUUGGGAUAUUGAAGGGGUUUAAAUUGGAGGUGCGAGACGUACAAAUCCCUGACUGUUGCUUUGAGGAAAGUUCAGAGGUCACUCUCAAAAGAAGCUGAGUGUUCACAUUUCUUUGGGAUAAUCACUGCAUUUCAUGAGUUUGUCAAAAUUUCACUUCAUAACCUGCUCCCUAGGGGUCAGUUUGGGAUUUUUUUUUUCUUUUGACAUACAGCAUGUAAAAUUCAUUAGGAAAGCAUUGUUCAUUGAUAUUUGUUACAGUAGAUAUGAAAUGGAUUAUCAUGCUUUAUUUUUACCUUGCAGUUUUGUAUGUGUGGUGUUGUGCUUUUUCUUCAUUGCUCUCCUCACAUCACUGAAUCAAAGCUUACACUAUAGAUGUACAAUGAACCACACUGAAUAACAAACAGACCAAGACAUUUCCUUUAAUUUUGUUCGACCACUGUACAGAAGCUGUGCUCCAAUGCUGUUUUUAAACUCGCAUCAUCACGAACAGAGCUGUACUAACAUUACCGGAAAUGCAGGUUGUUCGUGUCGAAUUUUCUGGUAAACAUUAAUUAUUGGUGGGUUUAUUACAUAAUUAGCUCAAGUGUGGCAGCACGGUGGUGUAGUGGUUAGCGCUGUCGCCUCACGGCAAGAAGGUCCUGGGUUUGAGCGUAGUGGCCAACGAGGGCCUUUCUGUGUGGAGUUUGCAUGUUCUCCCCGUGUCCGUGUGGAUUUCCUCCGGGUGCUCCGGUUUCCCCUACAGUCCAAAGACAUGCAGGUUAGGUUAACUGGUGACUCUAAAUUGACCGUAGGUGUGAAUGGUUGUCUGUGUCUAUGUGUCAGCCCUGUGAUGACCUGGUGACUUGUCCAGGGUGUACCCCGCCUUUCGCCCGUAGUCAGCUGGGAUAGGCUCCAGCUUGCCUGCGACCCUGUAGAACAGGAUGAAGCGGCUAGAGAUAAUGGAUGGAUGGAUGGAUGGAUAGCUCAAGUGUCUUUGCCAAGGAUUUGAGUCAACAUACCAGCAAGGAUAGGAAAUAAAACCAUGUGAAUUAGCCAAGAAAACGGUGUCUUGUCGACACCUGAGACACCAAGUUAUGAGGAAGGCAAUAUUGGACCACAGGACAGUGGGUUUUUUUUGUUUGUUUGUUUUUUAACAAACCAAUCCGGGUUCUGUUACAGGUCUCCAGGUUUCUCUCGCCUAUACCCAAUCCUUUUUACGAAAUAUACCUUACAUUUGAACCUGAGCUGAGCCUUUAUCAAAUACUUGAUAGUGCGAGGAAACCUGAAUGACCCAAAUGUUUUACAAUUUACAUUCGAUACCGAACUCUCGUUAUGUAGCAUUGAUGGGGUUUUUCUCCACAGUUUUGUAUAUGUCACUGUUGUGUAUUUAUUGCUAGAUGCUGAACAUCUUAUUGUGAACCUGCAGCUUUAUUCACCUGUAUGAGAGUGUCAACAACCACUACUAUCAUUUUAUAAAAGCAGAUCUUAACAGGGCGAAAAACUAUUCAAAGCAGGGAACUAGCACAAGAUAGUGGUGUAUAAUUGCACUCAUAUUAAGUUCUUCACAGAAGCUGCCUUUGGGCAAGAAUUUUAGCUUGCAGUUGGCAUUUUAUCCAGGAUUUGUCUUUCUACUGUCACUGUGCUGUUUUGUGUGUGUUUUAUAUAAUCCAUGGCAUGAGAUGACGAGCCAUAGACUCUGAACUAAAUCAGUCAGGUAGUGUUUUAAGGAACAUGGCCUUAAUACAAUCAGACAAGACCUCACGUUUCCCUUUACUUAACCAAAAGUGUCUUUGCAUGGCCAGAUUAUCACAUGAUGUACAGUGGAAGAGCCAGACUAGUUUAACCAGCAGCUACUGUAAAUAUUUACAGUAGAUAGAACACCAGUCCUGGGGUAUGCUUUCACUUUCUGGGGAUGUUUCUUGCACUGCCUGUACUUGUUCCUGGUAAUGAAAAAAAAAUUCUUUUUGUGCACUAGCUGAACUGUGGAAAUCUUAAUAAAAUUAAAAGAUUAGUACCUGGA